AUGGCUGUGGAAGUAAAUAAAAGGAAAAGGAAACACGACGAAGAAAAUCCAGAUGAAGAUGAAGGAAUCGCUGCAGUGCCCAAGAAAAAAGAAAAGAAACCCAAAAAAGUCAAGGAAGAAAAUGAUAAUGAGGAAACUAAUGCAGAUGAUUCUCAGCAGGACUCCGGAUUUGAACCUGAGGAGAAGCCUAUGAAAUUUUCAAAAGAUUUUAAUAUGACCAACUUUAGAAGCAAACUUCGUGGUGUCAGCUUUAUAACUGAGCUAAGACAUUUCUUGUACCUGUGCGGUGUUCGUCCAAAAAUGAUUGCCAAAUAUAUAGAAAAGCGUGGCAAGCCAUUGGAACUGGCAGAGGCUUUGGAGCGCAUAGACAAAAACAAUGUCUUGCAUUCUGCCUAUAUUUGUGAAGCUCUGUACCUGGUGCUGAUGGAGAUAUUGGGCAAUCAAAGGAAUCACAUGGAGUCAGCAGUUCAUGCGUCAAGAUAUUUUCUCAAAACUCAUGGUGCCAUAUUGGAACUAUUGUUGGAAUCUGCCCAGUUUAAUCAUCGUAAAAUAGCAUUAAAGUUACUCACUGCCUUCGUCUGCAUAGAGCCACAAUUAGGCAGACAAAUUUUAUCCUCCUAUGAUAUUUUGUCGAAUAAACACACAAUUGUGAAGUUUCUCUCCCAUUCACCAGCAGAAGUGAAACAAGCGGAAGAGACCAAAGGCGAAGAAAUCGAGACAGUGCGGAAAUGCUUCAUUCAUUUCGUGUUGGCCUAUUUGGUCGAUGGAAACACACUUCUCAUACGUAAUAUUUUGGAUCGAACUUCUAUAAUAAGUGCCCUGGUUUAUGGCCUUGUUUUUGAUGAUUCUGUGACGGUGUGCGUGGUCUUGAGUACUCUGAAAAAAUAUGUACUGGAGUGUCCCGACAUAUCAAAGACCAAAAAGGUUCACGUUUUCGACGUAAAUUGUUGCAAAUCACUGCUGGAACUAUACGAUUGGAAGGGACCUACAUUUUAUGUUGAACAGACCAAAAGAACGAUAAAAGGGCGUAAGGAUUUCAGAAACCUUAUAAAUAAGGAUGAAAAGGAGGCAGUAUCAAAGGCCGCUCAUGACUUCUUGUUGGAACUUCUAACAUCACGAAAACAUGGCAUAGCUUUCGAUACUAUAACACAUUUCCGACAAAAACACAAUACCAUACAAGGUCAAGUUAUUGGAGCUGUGAAAUUUCCAUGGGAACAUGAUUUGAAGAAGGAUCUGGUUUUGAAAAUAUUAGAAAACUGUCCCGACCUUUUCCGUAACACAGUACGUAAUUAUGCCGGAGUUAUAAAUCCAAUGCUUCGUAUAAAUGAAAGUUGGAAAAAGGCUACAUACUUCCUGAUAGACGUAAUAAAUACAUGCCACCCAAAUCACUUGAAAGGUGCUCUGGACAAAAUCACCAUAACCGAUUUCACAUAUUGGAUCAAGGAUAUUUGCUUGCCAAUUGAAACUCUGGUACAUUUGAAUGGCAAUGAGUUGCUGGCAAAUGUUAGAUUUGACUAUCGAUUGGCCAGUACUAGCUUGCUUUUGGCCAUGUUCAAGCAAUACACAAACUAUAUGCGAGUAAUAUUGCAACGGGAACAGAAGAAGUCGGCUGGAUCGAAUACAUUGAGAAAGUUUAAAUUUGACAUUUUAAAUCACUUGUUAUUGCAUUUCCCACCAAUUGAAAAAGUGUUAAGGUCGCUUGAAGUUUCAAUUAACGUGAAGAAUUUGGAGGGUGUUGAUGUUUUGGCCCAUUUGGACGUCGCAUUGGAUCUCACAAUGCUGCUUUGUCAAGAAAAUGAUUCUUUCGUCAACAAGACUUCUACCCUUUUGGACUAUUUGGAACUUUUGCGCCCCCUUUAUGCUGGCAAGGAAAACGCCAGUCCGGAAAACAUUAAAUUGGAAAUGAAGGCUAUUAAAACCAUUUUAUGGAUUUCACCAAAGUCGUUGGACCCCCAGACUGAGCAAUUCAACAGUGUGCUGGCAUCUCUGAUCAAUGCCUUUGUGAAUGGGGAAAGCCAAACCAGUCAUGAGGCUGGAUUUCUUCUCAGGACAAUCUUCAAGAAUACUGGCAUUUUCGAUUCAGGAAUACUAGAAAUUGAUUUUUGGCUUGAAGCUUUGAAAUUUAUUCCCAACGAAAGUGUACAAUUGGUUACACAAGUUUUUGUUGAGGUCUUCAAGGUUCUCAAAGCUGAUGUUGAAUGUCCGAAAACUGUUGAGACUGUAACGAAUACGAAAAACUUACAUACUCUAUUCGAAAACAUAGAAAAGGGCCUAUCGGUUCAGGCAUACACCGAAGCCUUGUCUAUUAGUAAGCUAAUGCCUUUGAUUUUCAAGGGUGUUUUAAUUGAAAAGGAAUUGGGCAAUUAUUUGGAAAUUGUGUGCAUUCUAAUGUUUCACUACUAUCCUUCGGCUGAGAAUGUCUUAAGACUGUAUGAACAACAAUUUAAAGACCUCAAGUCUUACAUGACUAAUUGGCUGUCCAAUGACAUUAAGGAAGAACGUAAACUUUUGCCAAAAUCAGAUAAGUUCAAGCAAAUUAACCAUUUCACAGAGAUUCAGCAAAUGGUUAUCAACAGUUCUCCUGAUUUUGAAGAUAUCUUUGAAAGCAAGUCAUCUGAAAACAACGUUGAGGUGGAAUUUAAAGGAAAUCUUAAAAAAUUCUCAACUAUCGUACAAAACGAACGGCUACUGAUGAUAUACGUUCAACAAAUUUUAUUCCAUGUCGAUAAAUUAAUGGAGAAGGAAAUGUUGUCGGAGAAGCAAUCAUUGAAAAGCGCAGAAUUCAUUGUCGAUUGCUUAGAAGUUAUAAUGAAAUGCUCGCCUCAGAAAGACAGUUCUUUGACAGCGUAUACAACAGAUCAAGACAGUUGCAUAAAUUGCAUUUUAAAGUAUAUCUUUGGCGUGAAAUUGAACUCUAUUAAAUCUGGUGAUUUGAUUACGUCAACUAUUGCAAGUGUUUCAUUUAGAAACUAUUUGAAAUUUAUUAAUGUCCUGACACAACACUGCAAACGAUUGGAAAGUUUUGAUCAUUAUGCGGAAAAUUUCAAAUUGAAAUUGGUCAAAGCAUCAGCUAUUUCUGUAAAUGACACCAAUGAAGUUACAUCCCACUCUGAGCAGUUAGAGGAAUUUGUUAACAUACUGAGGACCUUCAAUUUGUCGGCCAAUCACUGUGGCGAAAUAUUGGACACACUACUCUCGAAAAUCACAUAUAAAGAUUUGUUUUCAAAUGAACUAAAAACCAUCUACCACUCUCUUUUAGUGGCUUGUUUCCAGCGAUUGGCCGAAUUGAAAAAGACCCUAAAUGGUGGUGAUUUUAUUAGGAAAUUUUCGAAAAUGUAUUCCAACAUAUUUAAGAAACUAGAGGGAGAAUACAAUGUCGAAAGCUUGGAGGAGGCCUUUUACAAUUUCCUCAUCAUCAAUCAUCAAUAUGUGGAGCAAUUGGGAUCGAAAUUCUUUGAGUCCUUCUUUAAGGAAAGAAAACUUUCAAAGUACAGCAUAAAGUUGUGUUGUCUACUUUUCGAACGUAAUCCCAAUUUGGAGUCAGUCUUUUUGGAACAACUGGAGAGUAAUAUCGAUAAGAAGGAAUUAAUUUAUCCGCUCUUAUCCAUAGCGUUUGCAAAAAAUACCGAAAUAGAGGCAUCGCUUAUGCAGAAAAUCUAUCAGAACUACAAGAAUGGUUUUAUGCGUUGCAUUGAAAAACCCCUCAAGGCCGGCGUGAUUUAUAAGGAAAAUGUAGAGUCCAGCAUAAAAUUAAUCGAACAAUGUAUGCCCCUGACAGAAUGUCGUGAUUUCUGCAACAAACAAUUUAAAUUUGAAAAUAUAGAAACGUAUCAGAUGCGCUCCGUAUAUGCUAUCUAUGAGAAGGCCUUCAGACAUGUUGAAGAGAUGCCCACCAAGUCCAACAUUUUUGUAAAUUUUGUAAUGCUGAGCGUUCAAAUGCUGUCUUUGGACUUGAAAAUGCAAAAGCUAAACCAGGAAAAACUAGAAUUGGCUGCAUAUCAAAUAGAUCAAUGGUUCAAACAGGGGCUGCGUUUACAGGCUAGUGCGCAAACACAAACCACAGAUGCCGAAUAUGAAAAUGAAUUUUCGCCUGAUUUCUCGAAACUUUUGAAGUCCCAGCAGUGGCUACAAUUUUGUAAGGCCUGCUUAAAGACUGGAAUGCAUAUCAGCGAAGCUGUUGUUGAAGACGAAACGGAAGAUAGAUUCAAUGGGCUGCUUUUAAAGCUCUUUGCUCAUCUAUGUGAGCAUUUGUAUAUCGAUUAUUCAGAGGAGAUUGCUGAGUCGGAGGUUCCUCAAGAGCCAGCUCAAUUGUACGAAAUGAUAUAUACACAUUCUAAGUUUUACGACAUUAUCCUAACAAAAGGUCAACAGUCUGAAGUAAAAACCCAGGUGCUGCACUUACUUUUCACGUUAGCCAAGAAGUGUCCCUCGUCAUUGAAUGAAAAACAAAUUCCUUUCAUAUUAGGCUCCUACCAAGCCCGUCUAAGCGAUAGUGACCGUUACGCUUUGGCUCUAUUAAACUUAUUCGAGUACUACGACUGCGGUUUGCACAAAUACCGUCCCUUCAUUUGGGGAGAGAGUGCUGUGGCAUUCUAUGCUCUGCGUGUCGAUGUAGAGGAAAGGUCUAAGUUAACACACCAAGAAACUUCCAUUGAACAGGUAAUGUCGUUAGUAGAUCGCCAGAUAUGUGAGUAUACCAUCGAUAAUUUCCCCAUAUGGCGCAAAUUGGAUACGUUACAACAACUGCCACAGGUUGAAUUUGAAAAUCCGUUUACACGACCAUGGUCGUUUGGAGCCAAUGACUUGGAGAACAAAGUGGAAAUGGGAAUAACGGAAAUCGAAGAACAAGAGUUACGACUCUGUCCGAAAAGAAAGAGCGUAUUUGAACAAUGCUAUGACCCAGCCUUCUUUGUGCCACUUAUGUCUAUGUGCUUUGCUCCAGAAGCUUAUUCGCACCCGGCACGACCCGUACAAAAUGGCUUACUGGCACUUACCUUCGCUGCUUUGUCUUCACAAGAUAAAGACAUGCGAUUGGCCUCUGGCUGUGUUCAAUUGCGCUAUCGCAGUCACUUCGAAAACAAGAAAUUCUUUGAAAAACCCUUGUGGAUCCAGACCUACGAAAACAUACAGUCAGGUCUCAAUGAUUUGCGCAAUUCUUGGAUGAAACACAAAUCCAACAAAGGCACACCCAGAGUACCGUAUAUUGCAGGCCUGUUCGUGUCGAAAACAUUCAACCUAACCACAGAUCCAACACAUCUACUUUACAAACAGUUGACCAUGUAUUUGAGGCUGAAAAGCAGCUUCAAUUUCCAGUGUAUUCCAGAAUUCAAUGUUCUAUUCUUUUCACCCGAAGUAGAACAUGAACAGUUCCGUAAAUUUAUUGUGGAGGUAAUUCGCAAUGGUGUUAAAUCAAGUUCCGAUUUGUUCUUGCUGGUCUCCACGAAUACCUUCAAAGUCUUAAUGGGUUUCUACGGCAGUACUAUGUCUACGUUGGAAUUGAAUUUGUUAAUACUUUCAGUCUUUUCGACGUGUGUCAAAAUCCCAGCCUCCAGUAAGAUUAUGAUAGAGCAUAUUGGAAUCCUACCAUGGUUAUGCUCCAUUGUUUCGUCGAUUGAGUUCUAUCAGUUCGAUGUUAUUGAGGGUCUCAUCAGUAUAAUCAAUAACUUGUGGUAUGCUCUAAAAGCCAACGAAAAGGAAUUCCACAAUUUUAGUCACAUUGUCUUCGAGUUGCACAGACUUAUAGUUCAGUUGUUGCCGCUGCUGUCACCGAGAAUUUCCGUUUCAAAUUUCUCCAAAUUAAUGAAUAUUUUAAAUAAAACGGCAUUGGAUCCAUCGCAAUACCAUGCAGUUACCUCCGAUCAACUGUCCAAACUAAUUGGUUGUGCUGAGAAGCAUUUCGGCUCUUUGGUGGCAAGUAUCGAAUCGAUUUUCGAAUAUGGUGGCAAUGGUUCUUCGUCUGUGCACAAUUACUGUAAGGAACUAUAUGAGCUGGGAGAAAAUAGUACAACUAUCAGAGCUUUAUCAAGUUUAAGGACAUAUACAAUUUCCUGGUGGUCCGUGUGUAACAACAAUUGUACUGCUGAUACCUCACUGGCAUUAGAUUGA